AUGACAGUCACAGAUACGGAUUCUAUUGGAUUUAUUGGCCUCGGAGCCAUGGGGAUGUGGAUGGCAGACCAUUUAGCUGAGAAACUCCCACCUGCAACGCGGUUAUACAUUUUCGAUAUCAUCACACCGUUGAUGAAUGAAUUAUUUGCGAAAUAUCCGCAGAAAGUGGUUCGUUGUGUCAGUGCGAAGGAUGUUGCAGAUCAAUCGAAAACAAUUCUCACAAUGCUACCUGAAGGGAAACACGUAAAGACGGUCUAUCUAUCCGCGGACGGCAUCUGCUCAGCCGACCUCAAAGAAAAACUUCUAAUCGACUGCUCAACCAUCGAAACAGCCAGUUUCCUGGAAGUAAGAGACCAUAUAACCAAUCUCUCACCCUCAACACUCUUCUACGACGCCCCCGUCAGCGGCGGUGUAAUCGGCGCAAAGAACGGCACACUCACGUUCUUCCUCGGGUGCCACGAAGAAGAGACCCCCGAACUCAGUCGAGUAACUGAUGUACUAUCGCUGAUGGGAUCGACGGUAAUUCCAUGCGGCGGACCAUCUCUCGGACUCGCCGCGAAGCUCUCCAAAAAUUACCUCUCCGGUAUUAUAGCCAUUGCUUGCUCCGAAGCUAUGGAUAUGGGGAUGCGCUCCGGCCUUGAUCCCCGCACAUUGGCGAAAGUUUAUGCAGCUGGGACGGCGCAGAACACUGUUUGUGACAAGUUCUGUCCUGUACCGGGUGUUUUUCCUGAGGCUCCUUCGUCGAAUGGGUAUCAGGACGGGUUCAAGAUUCAAAUGAUGCGGAAAGAUUUUUCCCUAGCGGUUGAGAUGGCGAGGAGAGUGGAAGCGAGGAAUGUGCUUGGUGGUGCGGGAUUGACUAUAUAUGAGGGUGCUAGUGAAGAUGUGCGGUGUAAGGAUUUGGAUUCAAGGGUCGUUUUUCGUUAUUUGGGAGGGAACGAGAAUUGGAUGAAUAAGGAGCAAGAGAGGGACUGA